GGCGACGCGAUCGUCGGAGUCGCCGCCAACAACCUCUACAAGUUCAGGCGGAUGCCGUCGGCAGCCGUCGUCUGGGCUGCUGUGCGCCGCGGCGUCGCCCAGGGCCAUGGGCCUCAGCCGCCGUCGCCCUUCAACCUCGAGCUCAGCGCCGACAACGUGCUGGGCGUGGCGGCGGGGGUGCUGGCCUUGCCCGGCCCGCUCGGAGCGGCGCCCGCUGCCGCAGCGCCUGGCGCGCUGGCCUUGGCUGGCGCGGCCGCGCCCCCCGCGGGCGCCCCUGGGCCGCCUGCCGCGGCGGCCGCUGCGCCCGAGGGCGGGGUGGGCACGCUGGCUGCGGCGCUCGGUGCGGGGGGGGCCGCCCUGCCUGCCGCCGUUGGCCCUCCGGGCGUCGGCGCCGCCGCCGCGGCCCCCGCGGCCCCCGGCGUCGCGGGGCCUGAUCCCCGCGUGCUGGCCACCGUCCUCGACGCGCGCGGGUUGCGGGACAUGCCCUUCAGCGACGCUGCGAGGCGCCAGACCGAGACCCCCCGCGCCGACUGGCCCGUGAGGGGCCCAAGGACCACGACGCGGGUGCUCCGCUUCAUGCUCCGCAUGGCUGGCGGGGCGAUGGCGUGGCACAGCCGCUGGAUGGCCAUGAUGCAGGCCCUAGAGACGGGCGACACCGCCAAGCUGCACGAGACGCUGCGCCGCGUCAUCGAGACCUCGCUCUGCCACGACCAGCUGAUCAUCUGCGAGCUGGCCUCCUACGAGUUCCUGUCGCGGCAGCUGCAGUUGGUGGAGGAGCGCUUCUUCGAGGAGCGCGCGCGCAGGACCCACCCUGCGCCCGAGGCCAAGGGCCGGGCCAAGGACGGCGCCGCGGCCGCGGCCGCCGACGUCUCCUCCGAGAUCGGCCACUUCCUCGGCACUGGGGAGACGAUAUCGAUGGGCAACUUGUGCAUUUGCCCAGCCUUGAUGGAUCGGAUCGCCGACCAGAUGAAGAGCGAGGCUGCCGUUGCAAAGGAACGCCGCAAGGUGACCGUCGCCAGCGUGACGUUUUUCCGCUUCCUCUUCUUCCAGUGGAUGGGCGUCGCCACCUUCCGCUUGGUCGAGGGGCUCGUCUGCGCGCCGCCAAAGGCAGCCUCAGUGGACUGCAUCGCGGGCUUGCACCGCGACUUCGAGCUGCCCGCCGCCUACUCGGAGAGAGGCCGCGAUUGCGAAGCAUCCCUCGUAGAGAUGCUCGCGCAGGCACCUGGCUACGCUGGUGACAGCGGUCGAGUGCGCCCCUGCAGCAUGCCGCGUGUGGCCUGGCCCGAGUCGACGAAGGCAGUCUCCACCUGCGGCGUCGUCUCCGAGGCCGACUCCAUCGUGCUGCAGGAUUGGAGGCAGAGCAUGCUGAAUCCCGAGUCGGUGGCGGCGGAGCUGCGCGAAUCAUUGGGGGUUAUCCGCCCCUAUGUGGAUCCUGAGCUGCGCUUUAAGCCGAAGUCCUACGCUGAGUUUUUGAAGCAGCUGGAGGCCCACGGCAUGAUCACCUGGCGGGUCUCCAGCGAGCAGGCAUCCUUCUCUACUGGUCUCUUCUUCGUGCAGAAAUCAAACGGCAAGCUGGGGUUGGUAUUCGACACCAGGCUGGCCAAAUGCAGCUUCUCGUGCCCACCAGCCACUCGUCUGCCCACGCCCAGCGCGUGGGCCAGCCUCGACUGCGAUGACAGUUUUCAGUUCGCGCAGGGGGACAUACAGUGUGCAUUUUAUCAUUUACGACUGCCGGCUGGCAUGGGGUCGCUGUUCUCUCUGCCACCGAUAAACAACAUAUUCGUCGGCCUCAAGUCGGUCAACGGGGUUCGUCUUGGCAUCAACGACUGUGUCCAGCCUCUUGUCACGGUCGUUCCCAUGGGGUGGAGUUGGGCCCUUCACCUGUGCCAGAGUGCGCUGACGAGAGCCCUGUCGGAUGUCGGGUUCGGCCGUGACUAUAUGAUUCUGGAUGGGGGCUGUCCUCGCCCCUUGGUCGCUGAGAAGGACGCGGUGUGUGCAGGAUAUGUUGACAACUUCUGUGUCGUAUCCAAGUGUGCGGAGACAGCCGCGUCCCUUGCUCGUGCCGUUGCUGACCUUCUCACGGCCCGCGGGCUGCCUGUCUUGGAAUUCUCCCCUGCGGUCAGUAAGGGGGUCUUCACGGGCUUGGAGAUCGACGGAGCCUCUGGGAUCAUUCGUGUUCGUCCUGACCGCCUCGCUCGCACUCGUCAAGCCGUUCUCGGACUUUUGAAGCGUGGGCGGGCCUCUGCUGGGGCCAUCAGCGUGCUCGUAGGCCACUGUGCUUGGGGGAUGAUCCUGAGGCGCGACGUUCUGAGCAUCUUUAACGCGGUCUAUCGGUUCAUGGGGGCUGUGGGACCUCAUCCUGGACCCCUGUGGCCCUCGGUCGUCAGGGAGUUGUCGGCUGCCGUGGCCCUCAUCCCGCUCUGGAGUGCCUCUACAAGGUCGGCCGCGUCGCCGAACGCUGGAGAUAUCGUCAUGGAGAUGCCGUGCUUGCCAGAUCACACGCCCUUGACGUCGACGGUCGAGACGGUGCUGCCGGUUCCUGAGUCCAUCUACGGGGUCGAGGGUUGGAAGACCAUGCACUCUCGCCGCCAUACCCGACGAGGCUGCGAUAUCCUUCAGUACGAGGCGGAG